AUGGCAGCUCAAAUUAGCAAGAAGAGAAAGUUCGUAGCCGACGGUGUAUUCCGGGCUGAACUCAACGAAUUCUUCACUCGAGAACUCGCUGAGGAGGGCUAUUCUGGCUGUGAUGUCCGCGUUACGCAUGUUCGCACUGAGAUCAUCAUCCGGGCAACCCACACCCAGGAGGUCCUUGGGGAGAAAGGUCGUCGUAUUCGUGAACUCACCUCACUCGUUCAAAAACGAUUCAAAUUUCCCGAAAACUCUCUCGAGCUUUACGCUGAAAAAGUUCAAUACCGUGGUCUCUCUGCUUCCUCUCAGUGUGAGAGUUUGAGAUACAAGCUGCUUAGUGGUCUUGCCGUCCGUCGUGCGUGCUAUGGUGUCCUUCGUUUCGUUAUGGAGUCCGGUGCCAAGGGUUGCGAGGUUGUCGUCUCUGGCAAACUUCGCGCAGCUCGUGCCAAAUCUAUGAAAUUCACCGACGGUUUUAUGAUCCACUCUGGUCAACCCGCCGUCGACUUUGUCGACUUUGCCGUGCGACACGUCUUGCUCAAGCAGGGCGUGCUCGGAAUCAAAGUCAAGAUCAUGAAGGGCUGGGAUCCCGAAGGACAAGUCGGCCCUCGCAAGCCUCUCCCCGAUUCCGUCCAAAUCCUCGAGCCCCCAGUCGACAAAAUCGUCUCGGAGCCUUCCUCGGAACAAAGAGAACCUGUCUCGGUACCCAUGCCAAUCCCGGCAGAGGAGGCAUUUCCCCAAGGGGAGCAGACUUACCAACCACCGCCUGCAGAGUAUGAACAGCCUGCUGCGUUUUGA